AUGCUCCUUCUACAGGUGGAGAAGGUGCCACCCGAUGAAUUGGAGGGUGCAGCGCAUGACCGGGAGUGGGUGUGUCUGUUAAAGCCUGAUCUGGAUGCAGAGCCUGAGGAGAGCCCAGGCAGCAGCAGUAGUACCGGCAGCAGCAGCACCGGGGCGGUAAAUGCCCUGUCCACCGCCCCCGCCCCCCCUCAGCCCUCUGCGGGACAGCCGGCUCCGAGCUCCUGCUCCGGAUCGGACAGUCCUGUAGACUCCAGUGAGGAGGAGGACGAGGACUCUGAGGAGGAAGACUCUGGAGAGGACUCAGAAGAAGACCCCGCCAUGUUUUCCUCCAAGUUUCUGAGUGGGGCCAAUCCACUCAGCGCCAUGUCCUCCGCGGUCAAUAAGAUCGGCCUGUUCGGAGACGACGGAGAAGGCGAUAAGACCCAAAAACCGCCCCAGGCAUCCGGUCAGGGGAAGGGACCCCCAACACAGCAGCAACAAAGAUCGCAAAAUCCGGGACAGCCCCAAAAUGGACGGUCCAAUGGAGGUCCGCAGGCUGUUAAGGGUCCCCAAGGCGCCGCGAAACCUGGAAAUCAGCCGUCACAACAAGUUAAAGGCGGAACUGUUGAACAAAGUUUGAAAAGCGGUCAACGGGAGUCUCCAGAGCAAGGGCUGGCUAAGCAAAAAGAAGCAGCAAAGAGUGACAUUGGGGCCAGGCCUGGAGUGCAGCAAGGGCAAACCAAAGCAGCGGGACAGCCCAAACCUGGCCAGCAGGGUGCUCUCAAUGCCGUUGGUCAAACACAAGGGUCAGCUAAGCCCAGUCCACAGCAAGGGUCGCCAAAUGUUGGGAGGCAACAGCAAGGCACGACCAAGAUACUUCAACAAGGACCACCCAAACCUGGUCAGCAAGGUGGGAGUCCAGUGCAAGGAUCGCCAAAUGCUGGAAGGCAACAGCAAGGGGUGGCUAAACCUGGUCAGCAAGGAUCACCCAAACCAGGCCAGCCACCCAAGUCUGGAGUUCCCCCCAAGUCGUCUGGGGUCAAGUCUCGGAUUUGCUCAGUUUGCAACACCACAGAGCUGAACAUGCACACGAAAGACCCGCCCAACUUUAAAACGUGUACACAGUGUAAGACGGAGGUGUGCAGCCUGUGUGGAUUCAGCCCGCCAGACUCUAAUGGGAAGGAGUGGCUGUGUCUCACCUGCCAGAUACACAGAGCUCAAGACCCGGCACCAUCGGGACAACAGAUGACGAAACCACCUCCUUCUUCUAAUCAGAAAUCUCCUACGCCCAUGAAAAAAGACAUUGCCCAAUCUAAACCCCAACCUGCGGCCGGACCUACGAAGACCGACCCAACAAAAGGCCCUAAAACCACCUCAGAGAAACCGGACGCAAACCAACAGUCCGGAGGGUUGUUUGGAUUUGGAGCUUCCAAAACCGAUGCGGCAAAAUCCAACGAAUCGGUGACAGGGAAAAUGUUCGGUUUUGGUUCUUCCUUCUUGAGUUCUGCCUCAACUUUAAUAUCUUCGGAUGAGACCAAAACAACUCCUCCGAUUUCGCCCAAAGUACAACCGGCAAGCCAGGCUAAAAAAGUGGAACAUGAGAGAAAACAAGGGCAGGCCAAAGUUGAAAAUGUGGAUAAAGCGUCUGCGAUUUUGCUAAAGGAUGUACCGUUGGCGUGUCCUCUUUGUCAUACUGGACUGAACAGCUCGUCGGGGAAACCAAACUACAAUGCGUGCAUGGAUUGUAAGGGCAUUGUGUGCAACCAGUGCGGAUUUGACCCCACGCCAAACGUCAAAGAGGGCAAAGUGUGGCUGUGUUUAAACUGCCAGGUGAAGCGGGCGGCUGGAGGAACCCAGCCCGAGGCCAAAAAGACCAUGGCCACCCCUCCCACACAGCAAAAGACUUCCACUCCCGCUUCUCCACAGAGAAAACCCCCACUGGCCAAAGACACCAACAAAGAACCCGGUCAACCGCCUGGACCUACCCCAACCCCGAGCACUCAACCCAAGCAAGGCGACCAGAAGUCAGACUCUGUCAGCGGGAAGAUGUUCGGCUUCGGUUCUUCCAUUUUCAGCUCUGCCUCUACCCUGAUAACCCAGGCGGUGCAAGAUGAAUCCAAAACCACGCCGCCAGUUUCGCCCAAAGUCUCGAAGGAGUCCAAAGCAUCGCCGAUUCCUGCCAAGAAACACGAGCCGGAGAGGAAAGCAGAGGAAGGAAAGGGUCAGCCAAAGGAGCAGCCCAAGCCUCAGUUGGGAAAACAGCUCUGUCCGCUGUGUAAGCUGCAGCUCAACGUGGGAGCUAAAGAGCCGCCCAACUAUAGCACAUGUACCCAGUGCAAAAGCAUUGUGUGCAACCAGUGUGGAUUCAACCCCAGGCCAAACGUCACAGAGGAAAAGGAGUGGUUAUGUCUCAACUGUCAGAUGCAUAAAGCCUCCGGGGCAUCGGACCAACAACAGCAGCCAAUGCAAAACAAGAAGCCGAGUCCGGCCCCUGGUCCGGCUGGUGCAGUGAAGAAGGAACCGUCUCCUCAAGUUCAAAGGAAAGACUUAUCAAAACCCACACCUGGAAGCCCAGCCCCACCGGGAUCUCCGCAGAGAAAACCACAGGCAAAGCCUGACAAAGAACCACUAAAGCCGGUCCAAAGAAGUCCUACUCCUCCCAAAUCCAUAGAAGCAAGCAAGUCUACAGAUUUCAAACCAAGUGCGUCUCAAAGCAUUCCUGGCAGUACCAAAGCUCCCCCAGAAUCAACAAAACCAUCCGAGUCCAUUGGCGGGAAGAUGUUCGGAUUUGGUUCUUCAAUAUUUAGCUCUGCAAGCUCCAUGAUAACAACGCCGCCGCUGUCUCCAAAAAUGCCUACUGCCAAGACAACUAAAUCACCUCAGAUUCCGCGAAAAGACGAGGAGAAGAAACCAGGUCAAGUUAAUCAGCCAAAUGCAAGUUCACUGCCCCAAGCCAAAGUGGAGAAGGCCCCAUCUCAGCCAGGGAAACAAACAGCCCCAGCAGUACCGUCCAAAUGUCCACUCUGCAAAAUCCAGCUGAAUGUGGGCUCCAAGGAUCCUCCCAACUACAGCACGUGUACGCAGUGCAAGGAGACGGUGUGCAACCAGUGUGGGUUCAGUCCAGUGCCAAACGUCACAGAGGUCAAAGAGUGGCUGUGCCUGAACUGUCAGGUGAAGAGAGCAGCUUCUGCUCUAGAGCCUCAGGCUCCUAAACUCCUCAAGUCUCCGAGCAGAGCACCUGCUGCAGGGGAGAAGACAGUCACUCCUGCUCCAGGGAAAAAGGAGGCUCCACCGCCUGCACAAAAGAAGCCCUCAGAACCUCAGCCACAGGAUAAAGUUAAUGGAGCUGCUGAAAAGAAGAAAGUCCUGGACCAGAAAGCCCCACAGCCAAAUGCACAGAAAGCUCCAGAGCAGGGAACACAGUCUCCUCGAAGGCAGAGUAAAGAACAAGAGUCUGGAGGCCUCUUUGGGUUUGGUGGUCCUAAAGCUCAGCCUGAGUCUGCAAAACCUGCAGAGUCAGUUGGAGGAAAAAUGUUUGGCUUUGGUUCUUCUAUCUUCAGUUCAGCUUCCACUUUAAUAACUUCUGCUGUUCAGGACCAGCCAAAGACCACUCCACCGGUCUCUCCAAAGCUGUCCCCAAAACCAUCUCCUGCAAAGGAAGCCAAGUCUCCUGCGGCACAGAAACCAGAGGAGAAUAAGAAAGAAGAGGCUAAAAUACCCCCAGCUGAACAGACUAAAGUGGACAAAGGUCCACCACAGCCCACAAAGACGGCAGCACCAACACAAGGUCCAGCUGUCAAACCAGGACAGUCCACCUGUCCAUUGUGUAAGGUUCAUCUCAACAUCAACAGCAGAGAUCCUCCCAACUACAGCAACUGCACUGAGUGCAAGAGCACUGUGUGCAACCAGUGUGGCUUCAACCCUUCUCCUAAUGAACUUACAGGACAGGUCAAAGAGUGGCUGUGCCUGAACUGUCAGGUGAAAAGAGCAGCUGCUGCACCAGGGCUUCAGGCUCCUAAACUCCUCAAGUCUCCGAGCAGAGCCCCUACUGCAGGAGAGAAGACAGUCACUCCUGCUCCAGAGAAAAAGAAGACUCCACCUACUGCACAAAAGAAUCUCGCAGAACCUCAGAAACAGGAUAAAGUUAGUGGAGCUGCUGAAAAGAAGGAAGUCCUGGACCAGAAAGCCCCACAGCCAAAUGCACAGAAAGCUCCAGAGCAGGGAACACAGUCUCCUCGAAGGCAGAGUAAAGAACAAGAGUCUGGAGGCCUCUUUGGAUUUGGUGGUCCUAAAGCUCAGCCUGAGUCUGCAAAACCUGCAGAGUCAGUUGGAGGAAAAAUGUUUGGCUUUGGUUCUUCUAUCUUCAGUUCAGCUUCCACUUUAAUAACUUCUGCUGUUCAGGACCAGCCAAAGACCACUCCACCGGUCUCUCCAAAGCUGUCCCCAAAACCAUAUCCUGCAAAGGAAGCCAAGUCUCCUGCGGCACCGAAACCAGAGGAGAACAAAAAAGAAGAGGCUAAAACAGUUCCACCCGAACAGACUAAAGCGGCCAAAGGUCUGCCACAGCCCACAAAGACGACAGCACCAACUCAAGGCUCAGCUGUCAAACCAGGACAGUCCACCUGUCCAUUGUGUAAGGUUCAUCUCAACAUCAGCAGCAAAGAUCCUCCCAACUACAGCAACUGCACUGAGUGCAAGAGCACUGUGUGCAACCAGUGUGGCUUCAACCCUUCUCCUAAUGAACUUACAGGACAGGUAAAAGAGUGGCUGUGCCUGAACUGUCAAGUGAAAAGAGCAGCUGCUGCACUAGAGCCUCAGGCUCCUAAACUUCCCAAGUCUCCCAGCAGAGCUUCUGCUGCAGGAGCGAAGACAGUCACUCCUGCUCCAGAGAAAAAGGAGGCUCCACCUCCUGCACAAAAGAAGCCCUCAGAACCUCAGCCACAGGAUAAAGUUAGGGGAGCUGCUGAAAAGAAGGAAGUCCUGGACCAGAAAGCCCCACAGCCAAAUGCCCAGAAAGCUCCAGAGCAGGGAACACAGUCUCCUCGAAGGCAGAGCAAAGAACAAGAGUCUGGAGGCCUCUUUGGGUUUGGUGGUCCUAAAGCUCAGCCUGAGUCUGCAAAACCUGCAGAGUCAGUUGGAGGAAAAAUGUUUGGCUUUGGUUCCUCUAUCUUUAGUUCAGCUUCCACUUUAAUAACUUCGGUUCAGGACCAGCCAAAGACCACUCCACCGGCCUCUCCAAAGCUGUCCCCAAAACCAUCUCCUGCAAAGGAAGACAAGUCUCCUGCGGCACAGAAACCAGAGGAGAAUAAGAAAGAAGAGGCUAAAAUACCCCCAGCUGAACAGACUAAAGUGGACAAAGGUCCACCACAGCCCACAAAGACGGCAGCACCAACACAAGGUCCAGCUGUCAAACCAGGACAGUCCACCUGUCCAUUGUGUAAGGUUCAUCUCAACAUCAACAGCAGAGAUCCUCCCAACUACAGCAACUGCACUGAGUGCAAGAGCACUGUGUGCAACCAGUGUGGCUUCAACCCUUCUCCUAAUGAACUUACAGGACAGGUCAAAGAGUGGCUGUGCCUGAACUGUCAGGUGAAAAGAGCAGCUGCUGCACCAGGGCUUCAGGCUCCUAAACUCCUAAAGUCUCCCAGCAGAGCCCCUGCUGCAGGAGAGAAGACAGUCACUCCUGCUCCAGAGAAAAAGGAGGCUCCACCGCCUGCGCAAAAGAAGCCCUCAGAACCUCAGCCACAGGAUAAAGUUAGUGGAGCUGCUGAAAAGAAGGAAGUCCUCGGCCAGAAAGCCCCACAGCCAAAUGCACAGAAAGCUCCAGAGCAGGGAACACAGUCUCCUCGAAGGCAGAGCAAAGAACAAGAGUCUGGAGGCCUCUUUGGGUUUGGUGGUCCUAAAGCUCAGCCUGAGUCUGCAAAACCUGCAGAGUCAGUUGGAGGAAAAAUGUUUGGCUUUGGUUCUUCUAUCUUCAGUUCAGCUUCCACUUUAAUAACUUCUGCUGUUCAGGACCAGCCAAAGACCACUCCACCGGUCUCUCCAAAGCUGUCCCCAAAACCAUCUCCUGCAAAGGAAGCCAAGUCUCCUGCGGCACAGAAACCAGAGGAGAAUAAGAAAGAAGAGGCUAAAACAGCUCCACCCGAACAGACUAAUGUGGACAAAGGUCCACCACAGCCCACAAAGACGACAGCACCAACUCAAGGCUCAGCUGUCAAACCAGGACAGUCCACCUGUCCAUUGUGUAAGGUUCAUCUCAACAUCAGCAGCAAAGAUCCUCCCAACUACAGCAACUGCACUGAGUGCAAGAGCACUGUGUGCAACCAGUGUUGCUUCAACCCUUCUCCUAAUGAACUUACAGGACAGGUCAAAGAGUGGCUGUGCCUGAACUGUCAGGUAAAAAGGGCUGCUGCUGCACCAGAGCUUCAGGCUCCUAAACUCCUCAAGUCUCCGAGCGGAGCUUCUGCUGCAGGAGAGAAGAGAGUCACUCCUGCUCCAGAGAAAAAGGAGGCUCCAUUGCCUGCACAAAAGAAGCCCUCAGAACUUCAGCCGCAGGAUAAAGUUAAUGAAGCUGCUGAAAAGAAGGAAGUCCUGGACCAGAAAGCCCAACAGCAAAAUGCACAGAAAGCUCCAGAGCAGGGAACACAGUCUCCUCGAAGGCAGAGCAAAGAACAAGAGUCUGGAGGCCUCUUUGGGUUUGGUGGUCCUAAAGCUCAGCCUGAGUCUGCAAAACCUGCAGAGUCAGUUGGAGGAAAAAUGUUUGGCUUUGGUUCUUCUAUCUUCAGUUCAGCUUCCACUUCAAUAACUUCUGCUGUUCAGGAGUCGCCAAAGACCACUCCACCGGCCUCUCCAAAGCUGUCCCCAAAACCAUCUCCUGCAAAGGAAGCCAAGUCUCCUGCGGCACAGAAACCAGAGGAGAAUAAGAAAGAAGAGGCUAAAACAGCUCCACCCGAACAGACUAAAGUGGACAAAGGUCUGCCACAGCCCACAAAGGCGGCAGCACCAACUCAAGGCCCAGCUGUCAAACCAGGACAGUCCACCUGUCCAUUGUGUAAGGUUCAUCUCAACAUCAGCAGCAAAGAUCCUCCCAACUACAGCAACUGCACUGAGUGCAAGAGCACUGUGUGCAACCAGUGUGGCUUCAACCCUUCUCCUAAUGAACUUACAGGACAGGUCAAAGAGUGGCUGUGCCUGAACUGUCAAGUGAAAAGAGCAGCUGCUGCACCAGAGCCUCAGGCUCUUAAACUCCUCAAGUCUCCGAGCGGAGCUUCUGCUGCAGGAGAGAAGACAGGGACUCCUGCUACAGAGAAACAGGAGUUUCCAACGCCUGCACAAAAGAAGCCCUCAGAACCUCAGCCACAGGAUAAAGUUAAUGGAGCUGCUGAAAAGAAGGAAGUCCUGGACCAGAAAGCCCCACAGCCAAAUGCACAGAAAGCUCCAGAGCAGGGAACACAGUCUCCUCGAAGGCAGAGCAAAGAACAAGAGUCUGGAGGCCUCUUUGGAUUUGGUGGUCCUAAAGCUCAGCCUGAGUCUGCAAAACCUGCAGAGUCAGUUGGAGGAAAAAUGUUUGGCUUUGGUUCUUCUAUCUUCAGUUCAGCUUCCACUUUAAUAACUUCGGCUGUUCAGGACCAGCCAAAGACCACUCCACCGGUCUCUCCAAAGCUCUCCCCAAAACCAUCUCCUGCAAAGGAAGCCAAGUCUCUUGCGGCACAGAAACCAGGGGAGAAUAAGAAAGAAGAGGCUAAAACAGCUCCACCCGAACAGACUAAAGUGGACAAAGGUCUGCCACAGCCCACAAAGACGGCAACACCAACUCAAGGCCCAGCUGUCAAUCCAGGACAGUCCACCUGUCCAUUGUGUAAGGUUCAUCUCAACAUCAACAGCAGAGAUCCUCCCAACUACAGCAACUGCACUGAGUGCAAGAGCACUGUGUGCAACCAGUGUGGCUUCAACCCUUCUCCUAAUGAACUUACAGGACAGGUCAAAGCGUGGCUGUGCCUGAACUGCCAGGUAAAAAGGGCAGCUUCUGCACCAGAGCUUCAGGCCCCUAAACUCCUCAAGUCUCCGAGCGGAGCUUCUGCUGCAGGAGCGAAGACAGGCUCCCCUGCUCCUGAGAUAAAGAAGGCUCCUCAGUCUGCACAAAAGAAACCCUCAGAACCUCAGCCACAGGAUAAAGUUAGUGGAGCUGCUGAAAAGAAGGAAGUCCUGGACCAGAAAGCCCCACAGCCAAAUUCACAGAAAGCUCCAGAGCAGGGAACACAGUCUCCUCGAAGGCAGAGCAAAGAACAAGAGUCUGGAGGCCUCUUUGGAUUUGGUGGUCCUAAAGCUCAGCCUGAGUCUGCAAAACCUGCAGAGUCAGUUGGAGGAAAAAUGUUUGGCUUUGGAUCUUCUAUCUUCAGUUCAGCUUCCACUUUAAUAACUUCGGCUGUUCAGGACCAGCCAAAGACCACUGCACCGGUCUCUCCAAAGCUGUCCCCAAAACCAUAUCCUGCAAAGGAAGCCAAGUCUCCUGCGGCACAGAAACCAGAGGAGAAUAAAAAAGAAGAGGCUAAAAUACCCCCAGCUGAACAGACUAAAGCGGACAAAGGUCUGCCACAGCCCACAAAGGCGGCAGCACCAACUCGAGGCCCAGCUGUCAAACCAGGACAGUCCACCUGUCCAUUGUGUAAGGUUCAUCUCAACAUCAGCAGCAAAGAUCCUCCCAACUACAGCAACUGCACUGAGUGCAAGAGCACUGUGUGCAACCAGUGUGGCUUCAACCCUUUGCCAAAUGAUGUAACGGAAGAGCCUAAAACCACACCGCCAACACCUCGUAAAAUGUCAACAGCCCAAGUUUCUCCUAAAGCCACACCCCCGCCCUCUCCGAGAACUGAGAAGAAACCUCAGGAGAAGUCUCUGGUGACUGAACGCAAAGUCACACCACAACCUACCAAAACGCCAGCUGGCACCAAGGUAAAGGAAUGGCUGUGCUUGGACUGCCAGAUGAAACGGGCUAUAGGGCCAUCAGAGGCUUCAGGACUUCCUGCCAUGAAGCCACUGGCCCAGAGCAAAGAGCAGAAAGAUAAACCUUUAUCACAAAAGGAAAAUCUCCCAGAGGCUGAAACUAAAAAGGAUUUUAUUCCUUCGGCUCCACCCAAGAAGGAGGUUGUUUCCCCAACUCCACACAAUAAAUUUCCACUAACGCAGUUCAACAACGAGGCUGUUCCACAAACUCCGCCCCAAAAAGAGGCUGUUUCACCAACUCCACCAAAGAAAGAGGCGGUUAUCGCAACUCCACCAAAGAAAGAGGCUGUUACCCCAACUCCACCCAAGAAAGAGGUCCCAGACAUUGAGACCUCAGUUACAGGUGCUGCCCCUACUCAAAAAGGUUCUUUACCAAAACCUCAGGCCGUUCCAGGAACUCAGCCAGCACCACAAACAAAGGAUAUUGACCAAAAGCAGCCACCAGUUACAACAUUGGCACAACCAACGCAUCCUGCAAAGGGCAAAGUUAAUGAAACUCCUCUGAAACCAACACCAAAGCCAGAGGUCAAAGAAACGACCAAACAGGACGUGACCAAACCUUUGGUGCAACAACCUUCAAAACCUGCUCCAGCCAAGGCUGCUCCACCAUCCCAGCCCCCGAAGAAGGAAGAAUCUGGUGGUUUUUUUGGAUUUGGUGGCCCCAAAACACCGGCAAAGACUGAAACGGCCGCUGGUAAGAUGUUCGGCUUUGGUUCGUCAUUCCUUAGCUCUGCCUCUACACUUAUCACCUCAGCAGUCCAGGACGAACCCAAGACAACUCCACCAGUUUCGCCAAAAAUUUCCCCAUCCAAACCCAAGCCGGAACAACAGGCACCGGCAAAGGCUACUCCACCGGUGGAAAGGAAAGUAGAGCUAACAAAAGACAAGGAGGUGAAACAGGUGUCUUCUGCCUGUCCACUCUGUAAGGUUGAGCUGAACAUCGGCUCUAAGGAUUUGCCUAAUUAUAACACGUGCACGGAAUGCAAGAACAAAGUCUGCAACCUCUGUGGAUUUAACCCAACGCCUCAUACAGCAGCGAAGGAAUGGCUGUGCUUGAGCUGCCAGACUCAGAGGGCCUUGUCAGGACAGCUUGGAGAUCCUGGAAAGAUGUCUCAGCCAGCACAUCCAGGGGUCAAGGAAGAAACCCAGGCUGCUCCACCGGUCAAAAAGGUAGAACCGCCAACGACUCCAGCAGAGAUAAAACCAGUACCACCACCUGUGAAAGCCAAGCCCGGAAUCGCUCCCAAACCGCAAACUCCACCGAUGCAAGCCAAGGUAGAAAAGGUAACUCCAGUCACAAAGACUGUUCCGAUAUCAGGAAAGCUUCCAGAUGGAAAGCCUAUCCCACCAGCGAAACCUAUCACUAUUACUCCUGAAAAAGCAACUGAAGCUUCCAAAGCUGCAGCAGUGGAAGACAAAAAAGAAGCCGGGAAACCAACUGGGCCUUCUACGAUCCCGCCAACGAAGGCAACCGUGGCGCCAGUCUUCACUAUUCCAAAGUCAGAAGUGGCAGAAGUGGUGCCGGUGGCUCAGAAAAAGCCGUCGGAAGUAGUAACAUUAGCAAAGGAUACGGAAGAUGUCAAGGUUGAAGCGAAACUGCAAACUGCAGUGUGCAAAGUGGAGCCAGAGUCAGCAGAUGAAAUCAAGAGUGAAGUCACUGAGGAGGGCGCCAAAGCUAUUGGAAUUCAGGAUGCAAAAGAACCUAAGCAGGAGCCAACUAAAGAGGUGGAAAAGCCCCCAAUAACCAAGCAGCAAGCUAAAGUUGAUAGCCCUUUUACAGGACCUUCCAAUGAUAAAAAUAAACCAGAGGUACCACCCAUGAGUGAAGAAAUAAAGAGUGCACCAAUGGUUUGUGAUACAAAUGAAAAUGCUAUUAAACAAGAAGCAUCAUUGGCUCCAAAAGAUCCGGCAAAAACUGAGAGGAGGCGUUUAAGUAUCCAAGGUAUGGAAGAGAGCAGUGAAAGUGAGCACACCCCCUCACCUAAAGUACAGAGGAGGAGGGUGAGAGUGACCCACGUUUCAUCAAGCAGCGAGGAUUUGAAGACAGAAAGUGCUGACUCUUCUGGAGAAGAUGAAGAGUUUAUCCGCGAGCAGAUAAUGGGCAUGCACGACGAGGACCAGAUGUCACUUUCUGACAAUAAAAAAGAUGAAGAUGAAGUCCCAGAGGUUGUGGUUGACAAUGCUGCACCCAUAACAAUACCAACAAGUGUGGAAACUGUAUCUGCUGUAAAACCAUAUCCUAAAACUGUGACAAAAACAUCUCAGGAAGUUACCGACCCUGAAUUCAAGAGAGCAAUGCCAGUUAUGAGACAACGACAAAGCACCGAUGAAGAAGUGGAGAGCAUCACUGAGUCAUUGUCCAAAGGCUCGUCCAGUGUUCAGGCAUCCAGCUUCACUCCAGGCUCCUCACCAACAUCAGCUUCUUCCAUAGAGGAGGACAGUGAUAGCAGUCCAAGUCACCGGAAGAUCACUGACAAACCUCAUAGGAAAGGUAAACAUCGGCAUCCAUCACAACCUCUUCCCACCAUUGAAGAUUCAUCUGAGGAAGAAAGAACAAGAGAAUAUGGGUCCUCUUCCGAAGAGUUACGGCAAGUCACUGUGGUGAGUGACAAAAUGUCUGGAUCAGAUCCCUCUGGCAGUGUUGACCCGCAGGCUGUUCAAAGAGGGCGCAAACCUUCACCAACUGCUAUACCAUUUACACACGAACCAGCUCAGCUGAUAAAGACUUUGAAGAGUGCUGACGAGGCCUAUGAAGAAAUCCUCCAGAAAGCUAAAGCUAUUCCAGGAGAGAGUCCGCCUGAUAUAGAACCCAUGUAUGGGGGAAUGGCAAUAGAAGACUAUCUUUAUGAGUCACUUGUUGAGGAGUCUGAAAGGAUAUGUGGAAGUGAAGAGCUAAAAAUUUAUAUUGAGCCUGAUAAGAAACUUCGAUCUCCAGAAGAAGUGUAUGAAGAGAUGAUGCAGAAAAAGCGAGAACUGAUUAUGAUUGAACAGGAGCUUCAGGAGGCCCAAACUUUGCUAGAGGCUUCAGCAGCUGCAGAGAUAGAGAGCUGUGUUGUCUCUAUGCCAUUUGAGGAGCCAUCCUCUCCUCCUUUAGCUGACGAGGAUGUUCAAAAGAAGAAAAGGCCAGCUCCACCACGACCCACUGCACCUCCAAAGCGUACCGAAGGAGCUAUUCCCAGUGCUCCUACUGGCUCGGCCAAUCCCAGCUCCAAUAUCAGCUCCAGAGCUAAUUUCUACACCGUCCCCUGUCUCACCAGUUUCACCACCAACUUCCCCUGCCACUCCAGAGUCAAGUUUGGCAACAUCAUCCUCUUCAUACCAGGCACAAACACCACCUUCAUUAGAUUCUACUCCACUGUCCACACCGACUCCUCCAACAUCAGUUAUAACCCAGUCACCACCUGA